UUUCCUGACCGCCUCUCGUCAGUCGCUAGUAUCCGCCGCCGGGCUGGGAAGAGGAGAGAAGAGCGGAGACGGCGAAGGGAAAGGGAAGGGAAGAGAAGCUAAGGGGUCGCUGCGUAGCCAGGACCGCGGGGUGGGGGAGCGGCCAGGGAGGCCGACUACUGAGGCGAACCAAGGCCCACGAGCGCCGUCGGCGGAGGCGUCGACCAAGAGGCAGCCGACGCCGUAGCGGGACGAGGAGGAGGAGGAGGCAAGCGCCCGCCGUCUCCUCGCCGCGGAGCGAAGGUGAAGGAGAAUUUGUAGAACAAAAGGCACGUGUAGCUUGCAGCCAUGCCAUUUCCUUUUGGCAAAUCACACAAGUCUCCUGCAGACAUAGUGAAGAAUCUGAAGGAGAGUAUGGCCGUUCUAGAAAAGCAAGAUAUUUCUGACAAGAAGGUAGAAAAGGCUACUGAAGAAGUUUCAAAAAAUCUAGUUGCUAUGAAAGAAAUCCUCUAUGGCACAAAUGAAAAGGAACCUCAGACUGAAGCUGUGGCCCAGCUUGCCCAAGAGCUGUACAACAGUGGUCUUCUUAGCACCCUAGUAGCUGAUUUGCAACUCAUUGAUUUUGAGGGUAAAAAGGAUGUGGCUCAGAUAUUCAACAACAUUCUGAGGAGACAGAUCGGUACAAGAACCCCCACUGUUGAAUAUAUCUGCACUCAGCAAAAUAUACUGUUCAUGCUGUUGAAAGGGUAUGAAUCCCCAGAAAUCGCACUGAAUUGUGGAAUCAUGUUAAGAGAGUGCAUCAGACACGAACCAUUGGCAAAAAUAAUUUUGUGGUCAGAGCAGUUUUAUGACUUCUUCAGAUAUGUGGAAAUGUCUACAUUUGACAUUGCUUCAGAUGCUUUUGCCACUUUCAAGGAUUUACUUACAAGGCACAAGCUGCUGAGUGCAGAGUUCUUGGAACAGCACUAUGAUAGGUUCUUCAGUGAAUAUGAGAAAUUGCUCCACUCAGAAAACUAUGUGACAAAACGACAGUCACUUAAGCUGCUUGGUGAAUUACUGUUGGAUAGACACAACUUCACAAUUAUGACAAAGUACAUCAGUAAACCUGAAAAUCUCAAACUAAUGAUGAACCUUUUACGAGAUAAGAGUCGCAACAUUCAAUUUGAAGCCUUUCAUGUCUUUAAGGUGUUUGUAGCCAAUCCCAACAAGACACAGCCUAUAUUAGAUAUUCUGCUAAAGAACCAGACCAAACUUAUUGAGUUCCUCAGCAAGUUUCAGAAUGACAGGACCGAAGAUGAACAAUUUAAUGAUGAGAAGACCUAUUUAGUUAAACAGAUCAGGGAUUUGAAAAGACCAGCACAGCAAGAAGCUUAAUCUCUUAUAAACCCCUAAAAUAUUAAAUCCAGAUUCAGCAUUUGCUGUUAGAUAUUCAGCAUCAGGCACUCUUAUCAAUUCAUGAGGAACAUUACUGCUAAUCUGCUGUUCAGUGAACAGUGUUUGUUUUUUUCUCUUUAUUUUUUAGUCCAAGUUGACAAACCUAGCUGCUGCUUUCUUGCACAAUGUGGACUUUCUUGGUAUUUGUGUCUGAAUUCAAGCACACUGCUUGUUUUUGGAAGUCCAGGGGUGGGGGGAUUAUUGGUUCAUGAAAGCAAACAUAUAGAUAAUAAUUUGGGAUAGGAGGAGAAGGUAUUAGAAUAGUGUAAGUGAUGAGGUGCAUGCUUGCAAAUCUGAUUCAAUCCGUAUGUUUGCACUUAACCUUGUAUGAGAUGCGAGCACAAUGUGAUCUGUGCAUAAUUGGCACCCUAGUAUAAGAUUGUAUGCCUUGAUUUUUUUUAAAAAAUGUGCAGUGCUUUAUUUGUAAUCAAAGGGGAAAUGUAUCUAAGAUGUGAGCUUACUGGGAUGAGCAGUGGUCUCGCAGAUAAAACUGAUACUGAAACAUAGCAACUUCUAAAGGAGUGAGAUCUCAGAGUUCAUAAGGAAAAUGUAUAUAUGCCUUUCACUGCUUUAUAGUUUGUUUUUUGAGAGAGUGAUUUUCUGAGAAUUGAGCUGUAGACGUGGAAAUAUGUUAUAAGGGUUUUUGUUAAUUUUACUUUAAAUGCGUUUUGGACAGUAGAGCUUAGCAGUGACACUUCGCAUUUCAUUUCAAAAAUGCUUGUUGGUUUCUUUUGUAUAUAUCUCCUAGGCUGCUCAUUUCUUUAAAAAUGAUUUAAUUUGUACAGCAGAGGAAUGUUAAUGUAUUAGUCUGUAACUUUUACCUGAUACUGAGUUUUGCAAAGUGAAAGCUCAUGUGUAAUUAAUACUAUGAAUCACAUGAAAAUGCUGAUUUCACAUUUCUUAAAUACUGCAGCAUCAAAAGGAAGAGAACCCAUUUUUCCAUAUUUACUGACCUAAUGGGGUGCCAUCUGUUAGGGUAGACUGAAAUGUAGUGCUGGAACCCACUAACCUGUAUUCUUCAGUGUUGGCCUUAUCCGUUUAUAUUAGUGCUGUGUUCAGCCACUUGCAAAUUAUGAAGAUUAUGCUAAAUUAAUAUCAUUUUGUUUUUCUUGUGGGUAUAUAGAGAAUCUCUUCUGUUCAUAUAGGUAAUACUCAGUAUGAUAGUUGUAAUGGUAAAUAACUUAUAAUUCCCCUUUACUUCCAAAUUCAUAAUUACAUAACUAUCUUAAUGUCAAUAUCUUGUUCCUUAAUGCUGCAAAUUAUCAGUAUUUAUUUUUAGAAAGACUGAUUUUGCACCACUCUUGUUACUGUGAUCAUAACAAAAAACAUUGCUAAAUAUAUCUAAACUAUGUUAUCAAAAUGGCAUCUGUUCUUAAUAGUAGUACUAAGAUCACAACCAGCCAAAUUAUAUGGAUUUGGAGUAUGAAAGUUCAAAUUCUGCAUGAUUGAACCUGACUGAGAAUGCUAUACAAUUAUUUAUUGCUUUCUAGCUUCUUUCUGAUUAAAUUAUUUUAGAAACUAAUCUGCUGAUUGACAUUUUAGCCAAUUCUUUAAAGCCUUCAUGAAGGAAGUAGGCAAAUAGCUCCAGCAAACAGGUCCUGAUCAUGCUGAAUACUUCAACUUUGCCAUGCUUCCUUUAGAGAUCAUAGAAAACCUGUUCUCUACAAAGUGAUUCAUACUGUCUAUUGAAAGGAAAAAAAGUAAUCAUAGAUCUGUUAAACCAUUUACAUAGGUAGGCAAAACUGGCCGUGAGAUACUGUAGUUCAGUGCUCUGUCCUUUUUGGGGCGGGGGUGGUGGUAUUGUUGUUAAAAGAAGGAAAACGUUUGGCAAAUUAUUAUCCAUUGUGCAUACAACUUUUACUUUAUGAGGGGAAAGUAGAAAUGUUAAAAGUUCUGUAUGUGUGUAUAUAAAGAAGUUAAAAAUGGAUUUGGAUAUUGGUUUUGCUUCUCUACUAUUUGGCUUGGGAAGAAGUGGUGCAACCUUUUUUUAAAAAAGAAUAAUUGAUUACUUGGAGUGUUGGCAUUCAGAAGUUGUAUUUAAGACCAUUUGAUGUGCUAUUCAUAUUAAAAACUAUUGUACUGGAA